AUGUCCUUUCCUGCGGUUCUGCGCAACUCCGGCAUAGCAGACCGGUUUGCCCAUCUGCAUAGGAGCGAUUCCAAUUACGCUCGAGGAUCCCCCGCAGCUUCGGCAGCCCCUAAGAAGAGCAAGCGAGAUGAGAAGGAGGGCAAGCGGUGGGUGCGGCGCAAGGAUAACGCCCGCUUUGCAGGUAACACGCACAUCGUCCUCCCCUCCAAGCGCGACUACGCCGUCGUCGCACCGCAGAAGUCGUCUACCUUCCCCCAGCCGCUCCCCAACUAUCUCACCCGUAACAAUGCGAUCCCGCCCACUGUCCUCCCGGGGCGCGAGCCCGCAUCUGCGAACGCUGGCCGCUUCUCGAUGAGCCUCAAGGGUAUGCGCCGCGAGUUGCGCAAGUCGGGGCCCCGCACAGAGCAGCUUGUCCGUGAGCUGGAGAAUGAGAUCCUGACAUGGCUGGACGGGGGCGUCAUGCUUGCCCCGGACGCUGCAGCGGAGAUGAGCUUCCCGGGACGGCCAGUAGACAGCGGGGAGACGGUCAAGGAGAUCAGUCGCACGCCUCUCCAGCUCGUCUGGUGGAUCGAGGACAACUCCUGGACGCGCUACGUCGUGCACUGCUGCGCGAGGUACCACGAGAUUGUCAGCUUCAGCAAAGACACAUCCGGCCAACGCCUCACCUACCUCCUCCGCCCCAACGUCACGCGCCCAACGCACGGCGUCCCCAACGGGCUCGACACACCGCCCGCCACGGACCUCGAGUCGUCCGUGCACUCCGACUUCGACGCCGGCUCCGCGUCCGACGCGUUCUCCGACCGCCGCUCGGACUCUGGUCUCGACUCUGACGUCGAGCUCGUCUCGCGCCCAGCGGACCGUGCACUCUCCGCUAUCGCAGAAUCCGCCCCGGGGACGCCCGCACGCGCCCCGGCGCCCCUCCCGCCUCAGAGCGAGGACGAGUGGUCCGUCAUCGGGGAUGACGCGGAUGCGGAGGACAGCGAGGCGGAGGGUGAGCUUGCCGCGCGCGUGGGUGAGCUUGCGCUGAGGGACGCGGAGGCUUCCCCGAGGAUGCGGCAGGCGUCCUUCCGCACGCAUGUGUGGGAGCGCCAGCGCCGCUCGGCGUCCUCGCCCUCGCGCUCACCGGCGAGACGACCCGCGAGGAUGUACCGCGUGGAGCCACCGCGCCCAGCAGCUCCGUCGCGUCGGUCGUUCUCCGACUACCUCUUCUCGUGA